UUAUGGAAUUUCUAAUAAAUCAAUGGCGCCAUUUCAGGAGGAUGUCCAUAGAAAAUCUCUAAAAAUAUAUCUGAACAAACAUUAGAUUUUUUUUUUUUUGAAGAACGAAUUCUGGACUUUUUAUUUUUUAAAAACAAAACGCUGUUACAAUGUCAGGAAUGCAUGGGUGGUUUUCUGAAUGAAUCUCCGGAGAAAUGUCUGAAAUAAUCCAUGGGGGAGUUUCUUAAGCAUGGAGUUUUAUAGAAGAACUCAUGGUGGAAUUUCUGGAGAGUCCUCUAUAGGAAAUUUUUGAAGAUUGCAUGCAAUAUAUGCCUUCAAGAAUGGCAUUCGUAAAUUGCCAUUAAAACCUUCCAAGAGAUAAACAAAGAAUAUAUAGGAGCAAGCCCGUGCACAAGGGGGGGGGGGGGUUUGGGGGUUAAACCCCUCCCAUUAUCGACGCUUCAUACACUAGGCGCCCCUCCGCCUUUUGCCGAAAUUGGGAAAAACCCCUCCCUUGGCGCCACUUCUGUGCACGGGCCUGUAUAGGAGGAUGGAGGAUAUGUUUGUGAACCUAAUUAUAUCAUCGCCAAGAAUUAUGUUGAUAAUUCGUUAUGAUUUACGAAAGAGCCUCGCUUCGUACGUAAAAUAGAAUAGAACAAGAUCUUCAAAGUAUUGGUGAUAGAAAUCACUAAAGUAAAUCACAUAAAAAUGUUACAAAAGAUAAACGAAAAGAACUUCAGAAAAAUAAACCUAAUAUGUAGAAAAAAAAACAAUAGAAACUGUUUUAAAAUUGCUAUCAUGUUUAAAUAGGUGGUUCUUAAAGUUACUUACCUUACCGAUCAGGCUAAGGCCAGGGUGGCCUAGGCUGUACAUAUUAGCCGUCUCCAUUCCACUCGAUCCAUGGCUGUUUGUCUCCAGUUCCGCACUCUGCGCAGGGUCCGCAGAUCGUCCUCCACUUGGUCAACCCACCUAGCUCGCUGCGCACCACGUCUUCUUGUAUCGGUCGGAUGACUCUCGAGAACCGUUUUAGUCGGGUUCCGACAUCCUGAUGACGUGACCCGUCCACCGUAGCCUCCCGAUUUUCACGGUAUAGACGAUGGUUGGUGUUACGACCCGAAUAAAACGGUAUCAUACAUCUAUUGUACAGUGUAAGAUUUUCUCAUCGUUCGUGUUAUCAUAAACUGGAUUAUAAAACGGUAAUACCACAAAUCAUAUUGAUGAUAGAAGUUAUAAUUUUGGGAGUUUUUAUGAUACACUGAAUGGGUUGUUAAGUAUCGUUACCAUUCAAAAAUGCCAUAUUUCUCGAACAAAAAUUAUGCUGAAUUAUAUACUUUAUUAUCACUUUAUCAUCAACUUCAUGAUACAGCGAAUGAUAAAAACAAAACGGAAAUAUUUCACCAAACCUGCUUUAUCGACCCGAAAAAAAGUACACCCCUGCGGGCACUUGUCGGACACUGUCAAGUUUACCUAUGAUUAUGUGAAUCAUUGUUUACAUGCUGCGUUUUUAUCUGUUGAAUCGGGAAUCGAACCGCGAUUUAAGUGUUCAAUUUGUUCGAUAAUUCUUCGUGUGCUGCUUACGCACUACACCAACCGGAAUCAGUGCUCGCGGUAGGUUGGAACCCAGUGUUGUUGUGAAAGGAAAAAGCAGUUGGUAAAGACCAUCAGCAGCGGGGCUACUCCGAUGAAGGAAUCGCCAGGUGGAAACAUGAAAAUGGGGAGUUCAACUUCGGAAUCGGAAUGCAGUGGAAGUCGGAAAAGGUAAGCUUUCAAGAGCAUUCACAGAAAUUAGAGAACUGUAGCUGCUGACAUGGAAACAGCAGCCGUCAAGAGUGGCAGUUUUCGAUGACAAUGGGAUCCCCGCACUCGUCCCCGCUAGAGCAAAAAUGUCCAACUGGAGUGUAGUUUUUUUGUGAUCAGAAGUAUUCAGAAGACCUUAAAUUUGUCACCGAUAAAGAACUGGAAGCGCACACUACAGUAAUUACAUGCCAUUGUGAUGUUCAAACAUUAAAAAAGUCUGCAAAUAUUAAAAUCCAUUGCCACCUAGAUGGAAAUAUAUUAUUAGAAAUUAUUCAUGUAUCAUUCAAUGUAUCGUUAUUACAAAUGUUAUGAUACUUGAAAAGUAUUGAAUAAUUUCCUUUUUUCGAUUUUAAUCAUGAAAUCAUAGAACUAUUAUUGCUUUUGUAGUUAUUAUUCCACGGAUGAAUGUCUUAUGAUUUUAACGAUAUCAUGAAUUGUAAAUUUCUAUGCGGGGAGUCAUGCCGACUAAAAUAUGGUGUAAUUGGUUGACCUAUUAUGUAUCGCAAAUUAUGUGUGUAAUCAUGAAACGAACAUAUGCAGGCAGCGUUAGCCCCUUCGCAUCGCUGACAGCUCACAACUUAUCGCUGACAGCUGACAACUUCACUCCGUUCCACGACGCACACUUCAGCACACGAACAGCUUCCGGUCGCCAGCAGCAAAAGAAUCUCCAUCGCAAAAGUGAUAGCCUUCGCUCCAUCGCCCCAUCGCCGAAAAGGCAAAAAAUCGGCAUAAACCCGUAGGAACUGCUGUCGGGGAUAUAACGAUACGCCGGUGAUAGUGGAUAAGCAGAAUCCACAACAAAACAUCCAGCAAAAGGUCCACCGUGCGUCACAUCAUCCCAGCAAGGCGAAACCCAGGAAUAAGUUCGGUGGGGAUUGGAAGUCGGACGUUUAGGCAGCUCUGUUGACUCUGCACUUGCACGAGAACCAUCAACGACGGAGAAAAACGAUCGAUCCUGGUAUGCUUGCAUGCGAUUGCUAGGUGAACCAACCGUGGAACAUCAUCCCGUGCCCGCGAAACAGAGCCUUCCCCGUGAAGGCUCUUUUUAUGACGGGUCUACAUCACGCACGCCAUCACUCCGCACUCCCCAAGAGUGUUUGAGUGCUCGCCGACAGACAGGAUCGAUCGCUCCGUCCAGCAAGGUGGUCAUGAGUCGACCGCUGCACGUCUAGAAGAGCAUUAGUCGCCACGCAUUCCAGGCCCCAAGGAGAGUAAGCAUCGUCUACGCGAGGGAACGAAGAGGUUUCCUCAGUUUAAUCACUCCGGGAAGUGAUCCGAGUGUCCCCGGAAUUUCUUCAGACGACAAUCCGGUUCAUUCUGCCCUCUACUAAACAACCAACUGUCAUCGUCUCCGGUGGCGACCCCCUCGGCCGUUGUAGACUCUACUGCCACGGGAGGGAAGGAAAGGAAGCGUAGUUGCAUGUGUGCGGAAGUUGCGUCAGUGGGUCUAGCGAUGACUUGCACGACCAAAUGUUAGCGCUAUCGAACCACUAUAGCGCCAUCGAAACACCGUUCCAGACCGGGGCCCCGUCGACGGAUUGCGGAUACAGUAUAAGGUUAGAUAACUUAGUUAGUUAUAAGGAAACAGAAAUGCUUUGGCAAUAAUAUCCAAUAUGUCCCAACCAAACAUAAACACUAAUAAGCUACCUUCACUGACGGGUGAACUUAUUUAAUUAUUUGCCUUUAAACGUGCAAUUGACUGAUCGAGAUAUCUCAUUAACGUUAUAUUAGCCUAGCCGGAGCCAACCAUGAAUGAUUGAGGUAUCUAUCACUCAAUACACUAUGGACUGUAUAGUUGAUUAACUUAUAUGAUCACUUUACGUCAUUAUGGACAGAGAAAGAGUUACCAUAACAUGGCGCCCAACUGAAAAUAUCCACGAUUUUUUUUCAGUUCGCGAAUCGGUCAAUUGUGAAGUGUGAUAGUGAGUCGUGUUGUGUGAGUUCGGAAAUGGAUAUUCUACAUCUAUCGGAUGGAGAGCUCGACUUCGAGUUGCAGCUGAGGAACGAAGACCAGCAGAGGCGAACCAAGAGGGAGAAGACAAGCAGGUUGCGGGAACAUAUCGAGAAGGAGCGAGUCAACAUGGAGAUGCCACUAAGUGCGGAUCAUGUCAUUUCGCAAGAGGACCACUUGCGACAUUGUCAAGUCAAAUUGCAGUUCCUCAAUGAUCGAGCAAGAAAGGGCUUGGAGAAGGAAGAUGCAUUAGAGCUCGCCGUAUACAGGAGCAAACUUCUACACUAUCGAUCGCGGCUGCAGAUGAUCACCGAAAAGAACUUAGCAGGAUACGUGAAACAACUGGAGGACGCAGUAGAGCUAUCGCUACGCAAAAUCAACGACUUUUUUGCUGAUACAACCAUUCUGGACAUACCCCCACCAAAUACGUUUCCUGAAGCCAACGAUGCCAUCCUGCCAGAUGACGCAGAGGUCCUCGAACGGUUGAAAAAUGCGCAUCUGCAAUCUAGCGUAAAAUCAAGGAACGAAAGUCAACCGGCAUCUCAACGUAUCUCGGCAGAACAACACCUAGACCAGGUGCGACAACUUCAGGAACAGCAACUGCUCCUACAAAAGCAAAUUGAAUUACAGCGGAUGCAGCAGGAGCAGCUUCAACGAGAGCUGCAGAUACAACAGCAACUGUAUCAGCUCCGGUUGCAGAAAGACCAAUCACAGCAACAGGCCGCAGAUCCAGCUCCAGCAAACCAACGAGGGUGGCGUCCGGAAAGGGAACUAGCUGGACAACAGAAUAACGCGCCCAUCGCGACAUUUGGUGCAAUACAGCAAAACCAAAACAACCCAUCGAUGCGUACAACAAGCAACACUCAUAUUCAACAGUCAGACCUGCAAGGCAGAAUGACUCCAGACUUCCCAGAUAGACAAGAGGAUCACUAUGGCCAGGGUAUGCCGAAUACAACGAAUCAACAGUAUGGAACCACCACCAACCAAGCAAACCAGCACCAUCAACCACCGGAAAUGAGAUGGCCAAGAAGGUCUUACCAAAACAGACCACAAAACUCACAACCGGUCUACAAGUGGCCUUUUGAGUACGCAGGUCAAGCAAAUACCAUUUUGCUGGGCGAGUUCCUGAACAUGGUGACGACAUAUGCCAUAACGGAAGGGGUUGAUGAGACAACGCUGCUGAGAUCCAUAAAGCACCUGCUAAAGGGAAGCGCAUUACAGUGGUACACGCGUUGCUACAUGCACCUUCGCGACUGGAACGACUUCAAACUGGGGAUAAAAAGAGAAUUCCUUCCACCGAAUUACUCCGAAAUCGUGAAACAGGAUCUAUAUCUCCGAUUCCAGGAACCAAAUGAACCGUUCGCCAAGUUUUAUCGAGAUUUGGUAGCAGCAUUUGAGAUCGUAGAACCACCAUUACCCGAAUCUGAGAAGCUCUUCAUACUAAAAUCUCAUCUCAAUGCUGAUUUCACACCCAUUGCUUCGGCCGCAAGAGCAACAUCUGUAAAAGAACUGGUAGCAGUUUGCCGCGACUUUGCAGUUUCCAGACCUUAUUGUAUGCGCAACAGAAACCCAGGCUCGCUACGACCAGGUUGGAACAGAGCUGACAACCCGACCUUUAACCGACCUCCACGCAUUAACCCCGCAGGACCGCAGCAAGGGCCGCAGUACCGACAGCAAGUGAAUGCUAUAUCCCAAGAGGCAAACGAACAGGUAGACGAGAUAUAUCCGGAGGACAUGCUCGAGCAGGAAGAAGCUCGACAGCAACUGGCAAUCCAAUGGGAAGAAGGGACAACGGAACCUGCAGAGAUCAAUGCGAUACAAACACAAGGAACAUGGUCGAGGAAUCAGGAAAUAGGGCAGGAGACUCGCAUUUCUGACACGCGUAUCAGGUCAACAGCUGUUACGUGCUGGCAAUGUGGAAACCAAGGGCACACAUAUCCAAUGUGUCCUAGCCCGAAAACCUACACAUUCUGCUACAGUUGCGGCAAUAAAGGAGUCACCACCCGAAACUGCCCGUCUUGUGCUUCUAGAUGGAAACAACUGGCCGGAGCUAACAGAAACUCUCUGACGGGAAACCGGUAGAGGGAGAAUCAACUAAAAGGGGAUGUGAUUCUCCCACCAAUCCUCCAAUUCCCCACUUAACAGACAUACCCAAAUUCCGCAAAGUAGUGUCCACAAUCAUAAAUCCAACUACAACGGACAAUAGACCAUACGCAGACAUCACGGUACUGGGCCGACCUCUAAAAGGAUUGCUGGAUAGUGGUGCGACAUGCAGUGUCCUCGGAGGUACUCUGACAAAUCUAGCAGAAGAACUAGGACUUAAAAAGUUUCAAGUACAAGGCACCAUCAGCACCGCGGACAACACACUACACAACGCCAGUUUCUACGUACACCUGCCAAUAGAAUACAACAAUAGAAAGCGAAUACUGCCAAUACUAUGUGUCCGUACACUUCCGGACAUUCUCAUCCUCGGGGUAGACUUUUGGCAGUACUUCGGAGUGAGCGUGAAGAUUUGUGGCGUACAAGUUGACUCCGGUGUAGACUUGGACAAAUUACGAUCGCUAUCCGACGAAGAACAACGCGAGCUAGAGGACACCAUUACUUCCUUCCCAACUUCAGAGAACAUCGGAAAACUUGGACGCACGCACCUCUACGAACAUCAAAUAGAUACCGGCGCUGCAGCUCCAAUGAAACAGCGAUACUACCCAGUGUCUCGCUUUCUAUUGAAUGACAUAAACAAGGAGGUAGACCGGAUGCUCAACCUGAACGUAAUCGAGGAGACCAACUGCUGUCCAUGGAACAACCCUAUCGUCACAGUUAAAAAGAAGGAUGGA